AUGGUUGUUGCUACUAUCAAAUGCGUUGUCGUCGGUGAUGGUGCUGUUGGAAAGACCUGCCUGCUGAUCUCAUACACGACCAAUAAGUUUCCUUCUGAAUAUGUCCCGACUGUCUUUGACAACUACGCCGUGACAGUAAUGAUUGGAGAUGAACCAUAUACUCUUGGACUCUUUGACACUGCUGGACAAGAGGAUUACGACCGUUUACGUCCACUCUCCUACCCCCAGACUGAUGUGUUCCUGGUCUGCUUCUCAGUCACCUCUCCAGCCUCCUUUGAGAACGUACGCGAAAAAUGGUUCCCUGAGGUCCGCCAUCACUGCCCAGGUGUCCCAUGUCUCAUUGUUGGAACCCAGACAGAUUUAAGAGACGACCAGACCAUCCGGGAUAAGUUAAGCAAGCAGAGAAUGCAGCCAGUCCGCAAGGAGGACGGUGACCGCAUGGCCAAGGAGCUCGGAGCUGUGAAAUAUGUUGAGUGCUCUGCUUUGACUCAAUAUAAGCUGAAGGAUGUCUUUGAUGAGGCCAUCGUUGCUGCUUUAGAGCCCAGUCCACCGAAGAAAUCCAGCCGCUGUCUACUCUUGUAG